UCCCACAUUUCAAAAUCCACCAUGCUGUACAAGCCUUUAGUCCCAGGCUUUAUAUCUGAAAUUCUCAUAACAAAAUUUUGUCCGUAUCCAUGUCGUUUUACAAACCCCAUGCCAUCUUCCUUUCACCAGUAUUGCGACAUCCAUGUGCCCGAGAUUCAGAAGUUGUUGGAGGAGGCCAUUCUAACAGGCGCCAAUAAGGUGUGCUCGGAGAAGUACGGUUGGCUGCCGGCAGGAGUUGUGUCAAGUGCCGCGACAUCAUCUCGCACCUCAUCGAGAAAACCAUCGCAGAAGAACUGCUCAAGGCCAGGGCUUGGACGAGGAGGAGCUGAGGUCAAACUCCGACACCGAUUCCCCAACGGAAGGCAAUUCAACAGAAGAGGAGACAGGAUAGCGUCAGCGUUUCUCCUCUUCCUUAUAUUUUUAUAUUUGAUGUAGAAAUUAAACUAUAUUUGAUUUAUGUGUAUUUUUAUUAUUAUUUUAACCCUGAAUUAGAGGAACGUCCACACAUGCUGGCUUGAUUAGAAUUAAACUAUAUUUGAUUAAUAUGUGCUUUUAUCAUUAUAACCCUGAAUGUUUUUUAGAGGAACGUCCACACACGCAGGCCUGAUUCGCUACUGUUUAUGAAGUGAAAUCAGAGUUGGGCUAAAUAACCAGUAGUUUGCAUGCCUUUGACAUUACAAUUUGGAAAUAGUUGACAAUCAGGAUUUCUUGUCUAUAGAUGCCUCUAGAUAGUAGGUGCUGUCAGCUGUUGUUGUUUUCCUCGUCUUUAUCAUCAUUUCUGGUGGUGAUUUAACAGUAUUAUGACUUAAUUCUCUUUAUUAUAAUUAUUAUUCAAUGUAUUUUCCUCUCAUUAUUAUCAGUUACUCUUAGUUUCAUGACUAUUAUUGAUAAUAGUUUUGCUAAUUUUAAUGAUACCUUGCUACCACAAUCACGGUCAUAACUUAUUCUUUCCAUAAAAUAAUCAGCAUAAGGAAGGUAAAUCAAAACAACCAGUUUUAGCUAAGUAAACACUUUAUGAUUUGCGUAACACUUUUGCGGUGCACACAAAUUACACAAAAUAUACUCAUCACUACACCAUAUGUAAAACCUUUUCUCAUUAGAAAAAACACGUAACACAUAACCCUACAGUGUGGCACCUCAAAACGAGAAACCAGAAUGAAUUAGUCCAAAAAAUGAUGGAAAAGUUAACAAAUAAAUAUCACAUCUGUUGAAAAUAAAAUAAAUCCUCCAUACAAUCAUACAGAUUUGCUUUAAACUUUCAUUUCCUUACUCUAAAUCCUAACGGCUUAUCUUAUUAUGUUUAUAUAUAUAUAUAUAUAAGAAAAUGUUUAUUUUCAGUUGAGAGUAGUAUAUAUUUUUUUUGUUUUGUUUUUUAUUGUUUUGUCUGCAAGACCAUUUCUGCAGAUUUGUUUUUCAAACGAUAAAAACGUUAUUACAAGAAGGCACUUAUAAUUCUGGAAUGUGAUAUUUGAAAUUUAAGAACACAUCUUUCCAUGCCAGUGUUGAGACUCAAUGAAAUUCAAUGUAUAAAAUGAUUGAAAUUCCUUCACAAAGAUGAACUUUAGAACACAGCAAUAACAAUCUCUCAAUCAAUUUUUGAAAAAGCUAAUUUUGCUGCUUUCACCACUAAAUACAGUUUAUUGCAAACUCUUUCCAUAUAACAUACCAGCCAAGCUAAUACUAAUGUUAAACACCACACCCUGAACUCAGCAGAAAAGAUAUAAUUAUAGCUAGUUAUAAACUCUAUAAUAAGGAAGGGGGAAGGGAAAGAAAAGCAAAAUUCUUAACCUAAUAUAUUCUAAAUAAUUCAUAAAAGUUCUAUAUAUAAGUUUUGAUUUGUGGUAAUAAAAAUAAAUAAAUAUGCUAAUUAUGCCAACGUUAUCUGAUCCUUCGUCGUAAAAGACAUUUAGCUGUAAUUUUCUUGUUAUGCUUGAACUCUUGUGGUUUAAAGAAUUUCAAGAAUAUUGAUAUACUCUUAAUUAUCGAAAGAUCUGAUAAAAAAAAAA